AUGGAGCCAGUCAAUACCCCCAUCGAACCCCGCAUUCCCUUCGAGGGAAUCCGUAGGCCCGAGAGAACUUGGAGAACAGUUGGUACAAGAUAUCCAUUGAUGGGAUGGAGAAUGGAUGAAGCACGGCCAGGACUCGGAGCCCAAGAUGUUAUGACCGCCUACGCAACUCAUAGAGGUGAGUGAUGGAGUCUGAAUCUUUCAAGAAACACCCAGAACUUUAACUAAUAAGCUCUAGGUAAUCAUCUACUUAAUGCGCACCCAAGAUCCUCCACUAGCACCGAAUCAAGCACCACCAACAGAAAGAAACCCGUUUCCGGACAUGCCAAUGUACAUCUCAGAACCCCAACGCAGCGCCUUGGUUUCAAUGAUUUGCCGAAGGAGUUGAAGAUUGAGAUCCUUCAUUUGGCCGCCGAGAAACGAACCAUUGUUGUCACCCACCAAAACGGACAAUGGGCUGCAGAAUGUUUUGAUGACCUCCCAGCUGUCUUACAAGUAAACAAGGAGUUUCGCGCAGCCAUGAUCGGAGUGCAAUUCUAUGACGUGCAGGCUCCUAGAGACAUUCGACUGCCCGAUCCUAACCAUGAGUGUGUCUACUUCAAUCCUACACUCGACGAUAUCAUUUUCGAACUUGGCACUGGUCCAGGAGGCGACAGAUUGCUACACUGGGUCGAGCCGCACUGUCUUCCCAAGAUUAGCCGCAUUACUGUCUUGCGGGGCGGCAUAGAAGGGAGUUGGAAUGCCGAUUUCUACUUUAAGGAGUUGGCUUAUGGACUCCUCAAUCUGGGAAGAGUCAAAGAACUGGUAUUUUCGUGGGAGGGAUGUGGACUUGAUGCGUUUGUCAAGCUCGUGACCGAACAUCCAGAAGGAAAAGCCAUUAACCGAAACGGUACAAUUCUAGAAACAGAAACAGUGAUUUCGGGAUAUUGCGCUGAAAUCUUUCAAUGGAUGGAUAUAAAAUCCAGCUGCGAGACACCCGAUUUUGUACCACGACGAGGUUUUUUUCGGGAUAUCAAAAAAACCCCACCAUACACCCAUUAUUUUUGGCGAAAAUAUACGCCUGGAACAUGGCAAACUGAUUUCGAGCCCGGGCUUCUUUCAUAUUCUAAUGGUUGGGCACAAGACGUCGAAUCAUAUAUUACGGAUGAAUUACUUAACAUGUGGUUUGACCAUAUUAAGAGACAGAAUGAUGGUUGGAAUGCGCCUCAAAUUUACAUCGGAGAAGUCGAUAUCGGGUUUACUCCAUUUGUUCGGCACGUAGAAUCACCCUAUAAGCACGCAACCGAUGACGAGGAAGGAACUGAUGACGAGGAGGGAACUCAUAAGGAGGAGGGAAAUGACAAUGAGGAAGGAACUGAUAGCAAGGAAGGAAUUAAUAACGAGGACGCAACUACUGAGGAGGAAGGAACUGAUAACGGGGAAUAG